ACAACACUUCCGUAAAACGUUCCCAAACGUUUUGUUUACUUACAAAAAUUGUGUUUUGAUUUAUUUUUAUGGCAGUUAAUAAUGUCGGAUAAUGAAUACGAACGUUUCGAAAUCACUGACUAUGAUCUGGACAAUGAGUUCAACAUAAAUCGACCUCGCCGACGCACCACGAAGCAUCAGCAAAUCUAUGGUAUUUGGGCGGAUGACAGUGACAAUGAAAGCGAGGGGGGAAGCAGGCGGACGACGAGGACGACGCGGCUCGGAGGCGGCUCAACUGGCAAGUCAAAAGAUUACACGGCACCCGUAAGUUUUGUUGCUGGCGGAAUUCAACAAUCAGGCAAAAAGCAAAAGAAGAAACCGGAAGAGAAGGGGUCGGAAGAGGCGGAAAAUGACGGCGAGGGUGAAGAAAGUGAAGGGGAGGAAGUGCGUCCAUCAUUCGGACGCCAGCUCAGUGAUGACAACAGCAACGACAGCUCAACAGACGAGGAUGAGAAGUCGCGCCAAGCGGCUAGGAAUUCAUCGAAGAAUUCAAUAGCAGGAAUGCGGCAUAACUCGCAUUUGCCCAGCAGUCGCAAUGUCGGUGCCUGGGAGCAGCAUACACGCGGCAUUGGCGCCAAGCUGCUGCUGCAAAUGGGAUACGAGCCGGGCAAAGGAUUGGGCAAGGAUCUGCAGGGUAUUUCGCAGCCAGUGCAAGCCCAUGUCCGCAAAGGACGCGGUGCCAUUGGCGCCUAUGGACCCGAGGUGGCAGCCAGCAUUGGCGGCCAAGGUCAAGGGAAACAAGGAAGAAUCGAAGAUGAAGCCAGAGAGUCAAAGGAGUCUAAGGAACAGCAAAACAAGUGGAGGAAAGGCGGCGGUGAGACGCGCGAGAAGCACGGAAAGCGUUACUACUACAAGUCCGUGGAAGAAGUGAUAGCCAAGGGCAAGAAAUCCGAUCAUCUGCUUGGCGAGAAGCUGAGCAAGCGCCUCGGCAAUGUUCCCGUGAUUGAUAUGACGGGACCAGAGCGUCGUGUGCUAAGCGGCUAUCACGCUUUGGCCCAGAACAAGAUCACGCCUGAGGAGACGCUUUACGAGGCACAAGAGGGCGAGCAGAAGAGCGCUCCAGUUUCGGUGUUUAGCAUGCCCGAGUUGACGCACAACGUUCAGCUGCUGGUGAGUCAAUGCGAGCAGGAAAUCAUUGCCAUAGACAAGACGGAGCGCGAGUGUGCCGACCGACAGGCUGCAUUGCAGCACGAACAGUUUCAGCUGCAGGAGCUGGUGCAGUUGGAGCGCAAUCACAUGACAACAUUGCAGGAAGCAUUGGCGCGACUCGAUCAACUUAGUGAGAAUCCCGAGUUAAGCUUGGUGCAGGCGGAACAGCUGUUUCUGGAGCUGCAGCAGGAUUAUGCGGCAGAGUACAAGGAGUUUGGUAUGGCUGAUCUGGCAGCGGGAGUCAUUGCGCCGCUGCUGAAGCGAGAGCUGAGCGAUUGGCAACCGUUGGAGCAGCCCACGCAGCCGCUGCAGCUGAUCAAGCGUUGGCGCGGCAUUCUGCAGCGUGACGAGAGCGAGGAGCUAUCACGUAAUGUCUUCGAUCCGUACUCUUCGCUCAUCUGGGCAGGAGUAAUGCCCUCGUUUCGCACAUGCGCCGCCAGCUGGCAGCCCAAGGAGCAUGCACCGAUGGCCGCGCUGUUGGAUGCCUGGGCACCACUGUUGCCCACCUGGGUGCUUGACUCGGUGCUGGAGCAGCUAGUGUUGCCACGUCUUACAAUCGGCGUGCAGGAAUGGGAUCCUCUGACCGACACGGUGCCCAUACACAGUUGGAUUCUUCCCUGGCAUGGCAUUCUGGGCAGCAAGUUGGCCGAGUCGAUUUAUCCGCAGAUACGCAGCAAGCUGGGUGUCGCCUUGCAGGCCUGGUCACCGCAGGAUCGCUCGGCACGCGCCAUGCUCACGCCCUGGCGAGAAGCCUUUGCUCCCGAUGAACAGCUGCUGCAGUUUCUGCUGCGUCACAUCAUACCCAAGUUGCAGGCGGUGCUGGCAGAGUUUGUCAUCAAUCCGCUGCAGCAGAACUUGGAGCUGUGGCAUCAGGUCUGGGAGUGGCAUGAACUCAUUCCAGCUCCACAAAUGGCUCAGCUGCUGGACAAGCAUUUCUUUCCACGCUGGAUGCAGGUGUUGGUCAUGUGGCUCAAUCAAUCACCCGACUAUGCGGAGAUCUCGCGUUGGUAUGCGGGCUGGAAAAACAUGUUCAGCGAGGACAUCUUACGGGAGCCUUGUAUCAAGGAGCACCUGCGUCGCGCCCUCGAAAUGCUGCAUCGUGCUACGGAUGCGGUAUUGCAGACCACUUCGGCUCCUCCGCCUCCUAUGCCACCUGCUCCUGCUCCUGUGCUGCUCACUCCUGUUAUGCUGGUGGAUGUGGUGCAGCCUGCGCAGCUGGAGUUCAAGGAGCUCGUCUCGCAGAAAUGCGCCGAGAUGGGCAUCAUCUUUGCCCCGCUUCCGGGCAGAAGAGAACUUGGCAAACAGAUCUAUCGCGUGGGCAAACUCUUCUGCUAUAUUGAUCGUAAUGUCUGCAUGCUAAGCGACAGCAGCUUUACAAACUGGCAACCCGUGGGACUUACUCAAUUACUAGAACGAGCACAGACUGGCAUUAUUUAGAGAAAUACUAAUUAUACUCAACAAAAAGUAAUAUCUAUAAUACCAAAAUAAAUUAAAAAUUUACAUUAAAAAAAACCC